UAAUCAGUCUGUUUUGGGUCCUUGGACAUGUUCUUGAGCUUGUUAAACACUGCUUGAAAAGAUCCAACUGUUUCGUAGCUGAUGAAUGUUUGCAUGCCGCAAACAAACUCCUGUGUGGUUGUUUCUCUUGGUUAGUUCUACUUACGGGUUCUGGGGUUCUUGCAAAGCCUCUUUGAUCCAGCUGGAAUGAUGACGUCAUCAGCAGGGACCGAAAGACCAAGGGGUGUGUCGCGCAAAGGGGGCGUGUCCAACAGCGGUUUUAGAAUAUCACGUGACAAAUGCCGAACGAGGCCCCGUUUUCUGAAAUCACGUGACUGACUCCUUAUGAGAAAAAGACGUGGGAAAUAGAGGAAGUGUUCUGAGGGAACAAACCAAAAGUCAAAAGAAGCCUGAGGACGAGACAGAGGGAGCAGCGGUUGCCAGAAAAGAGGUCUCUCAAGAAGGAAAGACAGACUCUACUGACUGCACAGAACACACAGCUGCUAUCAGGCUGCCACUGACAAGGACGUACAAGUGGACAAACUGCCUGUGGGUCACUUCUCGGUAGAAAUGGCACAAAGGAUGUUUCCUGAAAGUGGGCAGGAGGGCCGAUCAGUCCUGGGAAUGCUGGCAGUGCAGGUAGAGAGGGACCCCAAGACAGGUGCCACCAUUGUCAGGUCAGUGGCCCCUGUGUCCACACCAGCUGGUGCUCCAAAGGCUACCGCCAUCUUUGACGACGGCAGGAAGAGCAUCCACGCCAUCAGCGGGUCAGUAGGUCAACCCUCGUCUGAAGAGCUCGGGCAGAUCUUGAGUGUCAUCGAUGGGGUCGGGAUGAAAGCGCUGCUGGAUGAUGUCACAGUCACACCAACCAAGAUAGAGAGAGAUGCUAUCGUUGCUAGCAAAGGCUCAGAGAAAAACGACCUGGCUCUUAACACCCAUCCCAGCACGGCGAAGGAAGACAGCAGGCCACUGGGCAGCUCUAGAAGCGAUGACUCAAAGGCUGAGCUGAGCAGAGUGAGGUGUGCUGUAAGUGUGGGAAAUGCAGAUGAUAAAAACAUGAUGGCGCUGAGAUACACUACAGAAAAAGUAGAUACUGUGAAGGAGCAGAUGUUGGAGGAAAGUCCUGUAACACUCGUGUUCUUGGGAUACGCUGAUGCUACAACUGAUCUGAGCCCCAGCCAAGAGGACCAGGAAGGCGCGAUCACUGUGGAACGAGUGAUUAUCACGGAGGACGGAGAAGAGCAUGUCUUAGGCCCUGAAAUGCCUGCUCCACUUUAUUCACCAUUAGACCAGGUAGCAGAGCAAGACACCAGGAAAGAGUUCCAAGAGGAAGCGGUUCAGGAAAUUCCCUCGGGUGGAAAUGGAGCAGGAGUCAAAGUCCAGGCAGAGGAAGGUGAUAAAGAGUUGCAUAAUGAAUCUCCACCCAGCAUAGCAGAGGGAGAAGGCCGUUCCAAGCACAAGAUCUGCCAGUGCUGCUCUGUCAUGUAAGAAAUGACUGAAGAGAGACACUCCCUCACAGGCUUAAUUUCAUCGUUGGGUUUAUUUGUAUACCACGCUCCCUUUAUAUGCUGCUUUGCUGUCUCAGUGACCGGGUUCAAUAGCAUACCACACCAUCAUCUGGUACAGUCAGAAUCGUUUCAGUGUGGAGCACCCACCAUUUCCCCUCGCCUUACUAACAAAAGAGACAUUUAUAUAUUUGUGCAUCUUUCACAGUAGCUGAGGACCAGCAGCUCCUAAGGACUACUAAAAAUCCACUUCCACCCCCUAGUGGACAGAGAUAAGAACUUCAACCUGGUGCCUCUUAUAAGAUUAUUUUUUUCUCUGCCUUUGGAAGUUUGUUCCAGGCAUUCUAUUCUAUUCUAUUCUAUUGUGUUCUAUUCUAUUCUUUUAUACCAUGCCUUAUCCACCAGAACAAUCCCACACUCUUGUUUAGCAGUGGUUCCUGUAGAAAUUGAAAAAGCUGUUACACCACCCUUCAGCCAGUGCCAGUCAUUGCUUUUAGUAUAAAAAAUUCUUACACUGCUCCUGAGUGCUGAGAUUUUAAGGGUUUCAAUGUUUUUAGGAGUUUGAAUUUGACAAUUUAAAAUAAAUUUUACAUGUUGAGUUUCUUAAGCCUGGUUCAGGUGUAUGAAUUGUUUUAGUUUUUUUUUUUUUUUUUUUUAGAAACAACCUAAUUCUUGCUGAGAGUUUCGUGAGAACUUUGAUACUUUUGUCUGUGCAGUCGCUGUGAAGCUAACGCCAACAUCUGUUUAGGAUGCGCUAGGGCUGUAGGUAACCUCGCUGACAUGGCAACAAGACAUUUUUAUCUCAGUUUUUGUACUGAUUAGGCAAACACUGAUUAGGUGUUAAUUAUAAGUUGUUGUUUUUUUAAAAAACUUUCUGGCAGAGCUGGGUUUGUUGUUUUCCCCGUUUACAAUCCGUGUGCCAAGUUAAGCAAAUUGGUUGGUAGAAUUAGUUUAAUAUUUUUCCCUCACAGACAUGAAAGUGGUGCUGAUUAUCUCAUCUAACUCUUGGGAAGAAAGUAAAUAGCAUACCGCCCACCUUCUUGAACUAUGCCUUCACAUUGGACUAAUUUAGACCUGAAAAUAUGCAUUUGAAUAAAAAAAAAAAAAAAACUUGUGGAAUUGUUUUAAGCACUUUAAAGCCACAUUAUAUGAAUAG